CAGCAGCAAGAAAGCAAAGAGUGAGUUUAAUAUCUGACUCUGUUUUAAGCUUUGUUUCUCUUUUGCUGUCGCACCUCUCAAUGAAUCACAACAUUCCAUUGUGCUGUUAAGUAGGGUUUUCUCUUUUGUAAUAUGCUUUGUAACUCUUUUCUUGUGUUUUCAUAUGGCAAUUAUUGUAUCACAUGAAGUAGCACAUCAAUGGUUUGGCAAUCUGGUAACAAUGGAAUGGUGGACUAAUUUAUGGCUUAACGAGGGUUUUGCAACAUGGAUAAGUUAUAUGGCCACUGAUAUUUUGUUUCCUGAGUGGAAAGUUUGGUCUCAAUUUCUUCAACAAACUACUGGCAGACUAAUUAUGGAUGCGCUGGAACAUUCACAUCCAAUUCAGGUAGAGGUACACCAUGCACGUUCAGUUCUUGAAAUAUUCGAUACUUUCAGCUAUAAAAAGGGAUCUGCUGUUAUACUAAUGAUGCAGGCUUAUCUUGGUGAUGAUAUAUUCCAGUCAUUCUAGGUUGCUGGCGAUGUUACAAAGAUUGAUAUUCUGAAAGUCACCCACGUGUUGAGAAAUGGCAGACCAAGAACAGAGGCAAACUGAAACAGCAAAAGAAGCCUAAACUUAGCCUAGAGUGUACAAACGGGCAGUCCAUUUCUACUAUUAAAUUUUCAAGCUUCCGUACUCCACCUGGAAGCUAUGGAAAC